CUGGGUCCGCUAUAUAUGGAAACUGACAACUUGAGGGAGUACUUUGAGACACUGUACCGCGAAGGCGGAGUCUUUAAGUCUUCAGAGUACACGGAGGAUGAUGACUUCAGGGCGGCAUGGAAGCACAUGAGGACCGGCAUUUUCGUGUGGAAAGAUGCCAUCGACUUGUCAACCAAGCCAAAUCCAAAAUGUUUCUUCCAUUACACUGGUGAACUUCCUUACCGGAACAUCACGGCCAUUCAGAAAGAAGCAGCUGAAAUUUGGGCAUCUUUGAAGACAGAAGGGCCAGGUGCCAAUGCCUGGUGGGGUCGUGGGGUCUACAGCGUCCCGAAGCCACCGAAUGAGUGGAAAAACAGGCAGGAACUGUUGGACAACAAUUUCCGUAACAUGAUGAAGAGAGACUUGGCAGAUCCGAACAAAGGAGAAGCUUUUGUGAACAAAGAGUACCCACCACGCGCCGCGUUUUGCAUCCCGCUUCUCAUCGAUGCCGAACAUGCCUACGACGUCUCGGUGCGGGCAACCCCUGAGAUGGAAGCAGCUGGAAAGCCACCUGGGAGAAAUCUGGCCGAUAAACUCUUGAAUGAACCUGGACAUCCACAGCGCUGCUGUGUCGUUUUGCGUGUGGAAGGUGAGCAGGGCAUCGAAAAUGCCAAGGGUCGACUGGUGGAUACACUCCGGCAGCGUGAGGCCAAUGCCCAAGAUGGUGAGGCAAAAACCAGCGCCAAACUGAGGCUGGGAAGUGCAUUGUAUCAGCGUGGCUUUCAUGAAGAGGCCUUGGGAUAUUUGCAAGAUGCAUUUCGGGACUUGGAGUUCAGCAAGGGCGAGGAAGAUCCACAAACUCUCCAAGCCCUGCAUACUCUAGCCAUAUGCCUUGCUCAAAUGAACCGCCUCUCCGAGGCUGAGCCGUUCUUCCAACGAUGCUUGGAAGUGAAAGCAAGGACUUUCGGUGUAGAGCAUCGUUCCACCCGUGCUUCGAUGAACUGUCUUGCAUUGGUGCUUGAUGGGUAUAAGCGGCAUUCAGAGGCAGAGCCAAUACAUCGGAGAUGUGUGGAAAUCACGUCAAAGAUUUUUGGACCUGAGCAUGAAGACACGCUGGCGUCGGAGACGAAUCUGGCUUUGUGCCUAUGUUCAUUGAGGCGCCCUGAAGAAGCCUUGCCUCUGGCUCGCCAUAGUUUAGAGGUCAAAGAACGGACCUUGGGCCCUGAGCAUCCGCUCACCGUGGCUCAGCUGUACAAUGUGGCCGUCAACUUUUGCUACCUGCAACGCCUUCCGGAGGCGGAGCCGUUGCUGCAACGUGCCUUUGCAAUCCAAGCGAAGAUCCUUGGGGAGGAUCACCCAGAGACCUUGGGCACAGUCCAAAGUCUUGCUAAAUGCUUGGCCCGGAUGCAACGCCCGGCAGAUGCGGAGUUUUGGUUCCGUCAAACACUGGUUAGCAAAGAGCGAACCCGUUCCAGCGACCAUCCUGAAGUGGUAAGCGCUUUGGAAGAUUUGGGCAUAUGUUUAGGCCAGCUUGGCCGCCUUGAAGAGGCUGAAGUCUUUUUGCGUCGAGCGCAUGACAUACUUUACCGGACAUUGGGAAAGCUGCAUCCCCACCGCCGCAGUGCACUCAGGAACCUGGGAAUAUGUCUUCACAGGAUGGGACGGGCCCAGGAGGCAGAAGAGUGUCAGAAGGAAAUCGUGGAAAUCUUAGAGGCCGAAAAAGAAGCGAAAGCUGCUAAGGCCAAAGCACGUGCAGAACAGGCCAAGUUAUAUGCAGAAGCCGUAGCUCGGCCCACCAUUGCGCCCUGGAGUGAGGUGGAAGCGAUUUUCCACCGAUGUUUGGGUGCGGAGGGUCUCCGCUUUAAGGAGAGCUACAUCAAACUUUUGACUUCGAUGGGCAUCGUCACCAUGGAUGAGGCUCAAGCCCUAUUUCAGGAGCAUCAUGGGCCCCACAUCAGCGUGAACGAUUUUUUGGAGUUGAUUCGCCCCAAGGAGGAGCCCCGUGUGCUUCUGACAGCCCAUCAGACGAUGGGGAACCACAUCGUCAUGACGCCUGCCACAACGCCUGUCAUGGGGAACCACAUCGUCAUGACGCCUGCCACAACGCCUGUCAUGGGGAACCACAUCGUCAUGACGCCUGCCACAACGCCUGUCAUGGGGAACCACAUCGUCAUGACGCCUGCCACAACGCCUGUCAUGGGGAACCACAUCGUCAUGACGCCUGCCACAACGCCUGUCAUGGGGAACCACAUCGUCAUGACGCCUGCCACAACGCCUGUCAUGGGGAACCACAUUGUCAUGACGCCUGCCACAACGCCUGUCAUGGGGAACCACAUCGUCAUGACGCCUGCCACAACGCCUGUCAUGGGGAACCACAUCGUCAUGACGCCUGCCACAACGCCUGUCAUAACGCCCUGCUAUCAGGAGAAGGGGCUGUGUGCUUCCAUUCGCCAUGUCACUGUUUCCUAG